CUCCCUGGGAGGGAAGCCCGGCGCCAGGGCUGCCUCCUCUUUCUGGCCGCUGGGCGGGAGCAGGGCGCAAAGGCAGCCUCUCCGGGGAGCUGCGCCUUUGGCUCUCAGGGAUCUGCCGCCCCCCCAACUGGGCUCCAAAGUUUUGGAAGGGGCUUUUCGCCAGAGCAGAGCAGAGCAGAGCAGAGCAGAGCAGAGGGAGGGAGGGAGGCACACGGAGCGCUGCCUCCUCCUCCUCCUCCUCCUCUUUCUCUGCCUGGUCCCGAUCAAGAGAGGCGCUCCUCGCCUGGACAGAGUUGGGGGGCUCCUUUGGAAGGGGUGCAGGCGCGCUCCUGAAGCUCUUUCCCACGAGAAACUGUGGACAUAGGCGGGACAAGGUCGGGGAAAAGAGGAGGAAGGAGAAGAAGGGGAAGAAGAGCGGCGCCGGCCCCCAGCAGACGAUGGUGGCUUGAGGCGGACCAUGCCAACAUGAUGUCUUACGAGAGCCAAGUGUGGUGGUGCUAUCAGUGGAAAUGGAAGCUGCAUUUGCUAUUCCUGUUUGCUCUCUAUCUUCUGUGUGUACAGUGUUCAGCUUCCAGAUGCUCUGACUGUCGCAUGGUACUCUCCAACCCCACAGGAAUUUUUACCUCACCCUGUUUUCCUAAUAAUUAUCCCAACAGUCAAGCAUGCAAAUGGACCAUCAGGGCUCCUUCUGGAUUCAUAAUUCAAAUUACCUUUGUUGAUUUUGAGAUUGAAGAAGCUCCCAACUGCAUUUAUGAUUUCCUAAAAUUGCACACAGGAGAAAAAGAAGUCACAUUGUGUGGUAUAACUGCCAGAGGUUUAUCGUUUAAUUCAUCUGGGAAUGAAAUGAUUGUAUCUUUUACCAGUGACUUUAGCAUCCAGAAGAGAGGCUUCAAUGCCAGUUAUACCCGAGUUGCUGUGGCCUUGAGGAAUCAAAAGGUUAUCAUUCCACAGUUCCAGGAUACUGAUACUGUGUCUCUCGCUAAUUCCAUCCAAGUUCCAGAACUCAACCAAUUCACACUGUGCUUUGAAGCAACUGAAAACAAUGGUAGUAGCCAUGAUUGGAAGGCUUUCUCCUAUUGUGAUUCUUCCUCUACAGAAUUCUUCAGCUUCGGAAAAACAAAAGGGGGGCACUUUAUAUUUAUCUCAGACACAGAAUGUAUGCUAAAUGAUGCGCUUGAUACCAAUCCAGAUGGAGACUUCUUCACUGAAACAUUUGAACAGCUUUGCAUUGUAUGGGAUAGUUACUCUGGCACUAUUGGUGUGAAUGUCAAGCAUACAUAUAAAACAAUAUUCUGUUCAGAUUCUUAUGGAAAAGUCAUUCCUGCUAAUGGAAAGUUGGUUUUGGGCUCUGAUAGAAAGGAUAUAAACCCUCUCAAUGGAGAUAUUUAUAAUUUCCGCCUUUGGAAUUUCACAAUGAACUCCCAAGUACUCUCUAACCUCAGCUGUGAUGUGAAAGGCAAUAUUAUAGACUGGGAAACUGACUUUUGGAGUAUCCCAACAUCAGCACUUAAAGCAGAAAACAACCUGAGUUGCGGUUCAUAUCUCAUUCCCCUACCAACAGUUGAGCCAACUAGCUGUGCAAACCUAGGAGGUGUUUGCCAAGCUACUGUAAAUUCCACCAUUACAUCACCCACUGUUACCACUAACAUGCCUGAUACUAACAGAACCGAUAAACAAACCGAUGCUACCGUAAAUUCCAUCAUUACAUCACCCAUUGUCACCACUAACAUUCCUGAUACUAAUAGAAUCGAUAAACAAACCAAUGGGGGCCUGUUCUACAGAAUUGCUUUUACUGUCUACAGUGACAAAGACAUUUCGGAGUCAAAUGUUCAGAGUGCUGUUGCCAACUGGCUAAAUCACACCUUUCAGGAUUGGAAUUACACAGUAUAUGUGGUCAAUAUAAGUAUUCAACCAGGUCCUGUAAAAGACAGAGCGAGGGAGAAGAGAAAUGUCAAUCAUCAAAGUUUUGAUGUUCGGGCUCUUUUGGUUUAUAACGCUACCAACAAUAUAAGUUUAGAAGAACAAACAAUUGAGAGGAAACUGGAGAGCAAUAAUGUCAGUAUUGGGAAUGGUUGGAGAGUCAAGAAAGUAGACGUUCAUCCUGUUGAAAAAUGUGAAAAUGAAGAAAAUCCUCCAAAUUAUCUUUGGGCAGAUACCAGACCCACGGUGACUGAAAGUAUUCUCUGCCAUGGCAGUUCUACCCAAAUUGCAUCAAGAACUUGCUUUCUGAACCUGGAUAAUUAUACAUCGUAUUGGGGUCCACCUGACCUUCGGAACUGUACAGAAAAUGCAGCAGAUAUAGCCAAUCAGCUUCUCAAUCUCACGGGAGAAGGGCAGCAGCUGACUUCAGACAAAGUCAAUGAUGUCAUCCAGAAACUUAAAAAGAUUGUUAAUGAUGAAGAAAUCAAUGAAUCCUUGGGUUCUACUGUAGUCACAAUAUUUUCUAAUAUUCUAACCAGUUCUGAUAGUGUUUUGGCAGCAUCAUCUUCUGAAGCUAUAAAAACCAUUGAUGCUUUAGCACUGAAGAUUCAGUUUACAGGACCUUCCAUGAGCAUCUCAGCAAAAAACUUGGCACUUGGUGUUUCCUCACUUAAUUCAACCUUGUUCAAUGGCUCUUCCUUCAGUGUUGGCCCCCAGAACAAUGCUUCAGAUUUUCAGAUUGAUUUUGACAAAAAUCAAGAGAAUUCCCUGGCCUCUGUAGUUUUGCCUGAAAGCUUGCUAAAGAAUUUAAGCCAAGAAGAUCUUGAAACUGUAUCCAGGGCUCAGUUUACUUUUUUCAAUAAAAGUGGACUCUUCCAGGAUGCUGGCAGUAACACCAGUUUAAUCAGUUAUGUGGUAGCAUGCAGCAUUGGCAAUAUUACCAUCCGUGAUCUCCAAGAUUCUGUAAAGAUUACAAUUAAGCAUGCCGUUAAGAAUGACAAAAGCCAGAAGACAUCUAACCCUACCUGUGCUUUUUGGGAUAUGAACAAAAACAAGGGCCAAGGAGGAUGGAAUAAAACAGGUUGUACUCUACAAGCAGCAUCCAGUGAGGAUGAAACAGUUUGCUUAUGCUCACAUCUUACACACUUUGGUGUACUGAUGGACCUACCAGGAACUGCUCCACAAAUAGAUCCUGAAAACACCAAAGUACUAACAUUCAUAACAUACAUUGGUUGUGGAAUAUCUGCCAUAUUUUCAGCUGCAACUCUUCUGACAUAUAUUGCUUUUGAAAAAUUACGAAGAGAUUAUCCCUCCAAAAUCCUAAUGAAUUUGAGCACAGCAUUGCUUUGCCUAAACUUGGCCUUCCUCCUCGAUGGCUGGAUUGCAUCAUUUGACAUAGAAGGUCUCUGCAUCGCUAUUGCUGCCCUUUUGCAUUAUUUCCUUCUAGCAACUUUUACCUGGAUGGGAUUGGAAGCAGUUCACAUGUAUAUAGCUCUAGUGAAAGUGUUCAAUACAUACAUUCGGCGAUAUAUACUAAAAUUUUGCAUCAUUGGCUGGGGCUUGCCUGGAGUUGUUAUAAUCAUUGUUCUAGCAAGCACAAAUGCAAACGCAAGUCGCAUUUACAACAAGGAUUUGUAUGGCAAAAAUACUAAAGGGCAAGGUGGAGAUGAAUUCUGUUGGAUUCAAGACAAUACUGUAUUUUAUCUGACCUGCGUUGGAUACUUUGGAGUCAUGUUUCUCAUGAAUAUUGCCAUGUUUGUUGUUGUGAUGAUGCAAAUAUGUGGGAGAAAUGGAAAACGGAGCAAUCGGACUAUGCGGGAAGAGAUAUUGAGGAAUCUUCGUAGUGUUAUUAGCUUGACCUUCCUCCUAGGAAUGACAUGGGGCUUUGCGUUUUUUGCCUGGGGGCCACUGUAUCUUCCUUUUAUGUAUCUCUUUUGUAUUUUCAACUCAUUGCAAGGUUUAUUUAUAUUUGUAUUCCACUGUGCCAUGAAAGAAAAUGUACAGAAACAAUGGAGACGGCAUCUCUGUUGUGGUAGAUUCAGACUGGCAGACAAUUCAGACUGGAGUAAAACAGCAACUAAUAUCAUUAAGAAGAGUUCAGACAACUUGGGGAAAUCCUUGUCUUCCAGUUCAAUUGGUUCUAAUUCGACCUAUUUGACUUCCAAAUCAAAGUCCACAUCAAAUACUUUCCUUAAAAGGAACAGUCAUUCUGACAAUGUUUUCCUUGACAAGCCAUCACCAAAAUACAUUCAAGUGGACACAGAGCAGAGUUCAAUUAUACCAGUUCAUCAGGUUAUUGACAAAGUCAAGGGGUACUACAAUACCCAUUCAGACAACUUCUAUAGAAACAUUAUAAUGUCAGACUCCUUGAGCCACAGCACAAAAUUCUAACUUUCUGGACAUCUGGAAAAAUAAAAUUCAACAAGCAGCAUGGAGAUUCAGAAGGAUGAAUGACAUGAAUACUACCAAAGUCUUCUGCUUUACCUUGCUUUGACAACAGUUAUUUAGCAAGUUCCUCUCAGAAAGGGCCUCCCACACCUGUUUCCUUUUGGAAAAUCAGAACAUCUAAUUCAUUUUCUCCAUAUACACACUGUUGUGGCUGACAUUUCUCCGCCUGGACAGUUGUCUAAUCUAUGCUUUGUGUGAUCAUCUUAUUUGUAUUAAGAAGGUCCUAAGAACCCAGACUACAGCUUCUGGAGGAAGACUUUAAACAUACUAUCAAGAUGUUUGCAGAAAAAAAACUAUAAACAUAUAAUCAAAACCUUUCCUUUUUUAGGAUGUGUUUUUCUCUGUUAUGUCUUCACCUACAAGGAUAAUGAACGUGCGUCUGUGAUGUACAAUGCAUGGGUUUCUCAACAGAGUCAUCCUGCCGGCAAAAUGGACAUGCUGGCAAAAUGACUCUUCUUUUGCAUUGGAAUCCCAUACAAAGUCAAUGAAGGAUUUAAAGCACUGCAGGGAGAGAAGAGGAAAGAGAAGUCCCAACGCAUAAGCAUAAGUCUCUUUGAAAAAUUAUGUCUGGAACCCUAGGUGUAUUCCAGGUUGCCUUAUCACAGUCAAGGGAAAGAGCCCUAUUAUCACAACAUGCUUGGGUAUACAGAGCAAAACUGUCUUCAAAUGAAAUCACCUUAAUUUUGCUUGCAAAGUCUGGGCCAUAUUUAUAACUUUGUGAAUUAAAGUAUCUAAGACUUCUAGAUUAUAAGUGGAUGGAGGAGGGUGAGAAGAGUGUUUCUGUAGCUGUAGACAUGCUUGAUAAUGAAUUUCAUGUUAUGUAAAAGUCUGCAUAAUCCUGGGCCAUUGGAAUUGGUCCCAAUAGAUUACAUUGCCUUUCCUAAAGUCUAUUUCUCAGCAAAAUCUGAAAUGUUAUAAGGCUUCAUUGACUGACUAUAGUAGAUAAAAAGGUAACAAUUUACUUCAUCAAAAACUUAUAUGUGUGAAAGUGUAAGAUUUGAAUAUGAGCAGAGGCUUCCCCAUUGAUUCCAACAUAAGCCAUUCUGUACACAUCUCUCCUUUCUAAAGAUGUUUCUUGGCUGUUGAGUGAGCAGAGAACUUGAGAUCAUUGUUCAUAAAGUUGCACACCGAAUAGAUUAUUAAUCUGUGCACAUAUAUGGAUUAGUAACAUAAAGAGCUACCUUAUAUUGAAUCAAGUCAGUGCUCCAUCUAGACCAAUGUUGUUAACUCUUGACGGGCAGUGGUUUUGCAGGGUUUCAGGCAGGAUUCUUUCCCUUCCCUGCCUGGAGAUCCUAUGGCCUCUUUAGAUUCACUAAAGACUAUGUGCAUCAUCUUGCAUACAUCAUAUUUUCCACUUGAAUGAAUUUUUUGGUUAAAGAGAAUUUCCCAAGAUAAAAAAUAAGAACUAAAAUGCAAAAUAGUGUUUGCCACUACUCAGUUCUUCUAGUGAUAACUCUUCCUGCUUGCUUACUUGUCUGCCUCUCUUGCAAGACACUAUGCUGUACAAUUACUAAAAUAAUAAGUCCUUUUGAGUGCAGUGGGGUUUGCUCAGAGGUCUGUUUGUAUAGAUUGGAGAGCCAGGUUUUAUGCUCCUAUUUUAAACUUCUCCAAUAUAACCUACUGUUCUUACCUCUGUUUUGAUGUCUGCAAUGUUCAAGAUUUUUAUAAUUCAUCACAAACACUUUUGUUCUGCAUCCAUUUUUAACAGGAUUUCUUUACAUAUGUACUCCAAUUAAAUUGUCAAAUCACUUGAAUUGCAAACUGUUUAUUCAAAAUCGAACUGAUCCUAAACCAAGUACUUCAUUUCACGAGCUGUGGAUCAGACUGUGAACUAUAUGAUUCCUGAUUACAGAAUCUAAUGGAGUUAAUAACUCCAUUAAGAAGGGAGAAACUAUUUGUAUGGAAACUUUGACAAAUUUUGUAUAUUUUCUUAUUCGUUCUCAAAAAAUAUUUUGAUGUGACAUUCAUGGUGGUGGUGGGGGGGGCAGAAGGGAUUGUUUUUGAAUGAUUAGACAUUAAUAAAAUAGUUAAAUAGAGACUAAAAAGUAGAAUUUUACCAAGUCAAUCCCAGCUACGGUGUGAUCAUUCAGUUAUUCCCUAUAUUUUCACUAAAAUAUUCUUUGCUUUUACUACCAUGUAGUAAUCCUAAACUAUUUCAAAUAUGCAUUUUCCAGUGGUUUUAUACCCCUUUCAGGGUAAAUCUUUGGCUUUCUUGUUGGCAUAGCAUCACCUCCCCUGUAUAUACUUAUUUAUUUUUGAGGUUUAAAAUGUCAACAUAGUGUUAGCUGCAUAUUGGCUAUUCUUGUGAUUAUAUGCAUUUGUUUCACAAUAAGAGGUAGAAAAAUAAUCUCAAAUAUAUAUAUUUGUAUUGUAUUUUCUAUGAGAAAAAAUGUAUUGCCUUUGAUAUUGUUUAGCAGCAUGAGUGGAAAAUGGAUGUAAUUUCAAAUGCUAGCUGUUAAUGACUAGUGUGGUGGAUUUAGAGGCUGAUCAAAGCAGAAAUACUCCCAAGUGUUUUAGUUGUUAGUAUGCCAAAUAAUUAAAUUUUUAAAAAACCGUGA